UCACCUUCAAACAGCCCUGCCUUUCUGGCUGAGCACACCUCACUUUAGGGGAGCAGAGGCAAAGAGCGACCACUGAGGGGUUCUGCGGCAGCUCGGCAAGGCUCUGAAUUGCCAAGAUGCUUCUGCUCCUUUCUCUGGUCACUGGGCUCGCCAUGUCCGCCUCUGGGGUCAUGACAGACAAAGAAACUGAUCCAAGCCAAGAGUGGUUUCAGGACAUAGAGAAGAAAGUGAACGACCUCUGGCAGAACUUGCUCUACCCAGCAAUGCCUGGUAAUGAGACCGACGGGAUGAUUUACGCCGCUUGUGAAAUGAAGCCCAGCUCCAAAAUAGAUGCUGACAAGCCACAGGUGACUGGACAAGUCUUAUUCAGACAGUAUUACUCAUCUGGAAGAUUAGAAGCCAUUUUUUACCUGGAUGGGUUUCCACUGGAUAAUAAUCAAUCUGGUAGAGCUAUACACAUCCACGAGCUUGGGGAUCUCAGCAAGGGCUGUGAUGCUACAGGAGGACACUAUAACCCCUUCAGUGUGAAUCACCCCCGGCACCCGGGAGAUUUUGGCAACUUUUUCCCUAAAGAAGGCAAGAUCAGAAAAUACAAACCGAAUCUCUUUGCCACUAUGUUUGGUCCGUAUUCCAUCAUGGGCAGAUCCGUUGUGAUCCACGAGCAGGAAGAUGACAUGGGCAAAGGCAACAACAAGGCCAGUUUGGAAAAUGGAAAUGCUGGGAAGCGGUUGGCUUGCUGUGUGAUUGGGAUGUGCAACAAGAACUUGUGGGAAGAGAAACUGCCUGAGGUUACAGACAAGAAGAAGAGAGGGCUCAACAAAAGAACACAGAACCAGGCUUAAGUGAAGAUCAACACAAGGGCUAUAGCUUGGGCAGCACAAAGCACCUCAGGCUGUGCCAUUGGCCACCAAUAUACAUGGCAAAAAGGCUUCUCAUUUCCAUUUACUUGCUCCUCUAAGAAACAUGUAUCACUUUGUAGAGCAUCCUUUCUGUAAGCCCAUCAAUAAAAACAGCAUCAACUCAA